AUGGCAUCACCUAAAUUAGAAGAUCAAAAAGUAAGCUCUCGAGAUAUAAAUGUGACAUUUGUUUUUGAUAGCAAUGGUAUCCAAUGUCCCUAGAUUGAUUUACCUCCUUUAGUCAACAUGAGUAUGCAAUCAAAUACAGUUCCAAUACUACCCAAUUAUUAUCUUAGAUGUAUGAGAACUGGAUACUAUGCUAAGUAUUAAAUUGCUAAGGUUGAUUGGUUGAUUGAUCUUUCAAAUGUAUCUUGGAUACUCCAUUCUGAAUAGAUUGAUAAUGCUAACUCCAAUUUAACUCAAACUCAAAUUUCUGAGUUAAGUAAAAAGUACUUUGAUAUGUUCUUCUUUUUAGCAGAUUAUGAUACCUUAGCUUUGCUUCAUCUUACAUCAAGAAAUUAUAUUGAAAUAGGAGAAUCCAUAAGGAUAAAUAUAACAGUGACCCUUACUUCACCAGAAAUGGAGGAUUAGCAGAAAGUAAUAUUUUUAUAAACAAAAUUACAAAAAAUUGCAUCAGAUUUCGUUCUAAUUCUAAAAUCAAACAACAACACUUUCUAAUAUAAUUAUGAUGAGACUAUAUUUCUUAAUGCAAGUGGAACGUAUGAUCCAUAAGAUCCUGGAACAGUACUUGAUAUGUAUUGGACGUAUUGUGGAGACUAAAAUUUCAAUUUAUAAAAAACUUUGCUAGAUGACCCUUCAAAUAUAUUGUUCAAUCAGUCAACCCUAACUUUUGAUUUAACUCAAGGGAAUAUGCCUCUUAACUUAACAAUUAGCAAAUUCUUACUUGAUUAAAUGUAUCAGAAUGAUAGCACUUAGUACACUCUUAAUGCCUAUAUGUUUUACACAGAUAGUUCUGGCAAGUUAUUAGUCUACUAUAAAAAUGUCUAAAUAAUAAAAAUUGAUAGUAAUUAGUAGUUGAUAGUUUAGUUGAAGUAAACCUAUCAGAAGAUAGCCUUAAAAGAUCCAUUAGUGUUGGAUGCUACCUAAUCUUAUGAUUCUUAAAAUCCUAAAAACAGAUAGUUUUUUUACAAGUGGCUUUGCCCUUCCGAAUAUAAUAUAUCUGCUCUAUGUAAUACUUCAAAACCUUCUCUGAACAUUACACAAGCAAUUCGAACUUAAUAGGGGAUUAAUAAACCAGGAUUUAUAAUAAAAAUUGGUGUAUACAUCUAUAAUUCUGCUAGAUAAUCUCAGAUAAUUACUAGUUAGACUAUGAUUUAGCCUGAUUCUCCAACAAAAGAGUGCCUAGCUAUUAGUCAAUCAUCUUCUAGUUACACUAAUCAAGUAGAUUAGUAUUUCAAAUAACCUUUAAUAAGACCUCUAAAUUUUACAAGUUAUUGCUAAGGAAUAAAAAUAACAUAGAUGAUGUCAAAAAUAGCUGCUUUGAAUCAAAAUAAUGAUAUUCCUACUUAGAUACUAUACUAUAAAUCAUUCUAAGGAUAAGGAAGUAAUAACACAGUUAUUGAUUACAAUUCGCUUCAAUCACAAGAUCAAACUUAUAAUCUCAAUCAUUAAGUAUUUUACACAGUAAAUAAUGAUUAUCAAGAUGUGGAGGUCUUUUAGGAAACAUUAAAUAUUCUAAAAUACAAAUCGACAAUUGAAUUCGAUUAAUUUUUCUUAGAAGGACCUACUACUAUAGACUUUGACACUGAUUUCUCCUUACUAAUAUCUCUAAAUUCUCGCAAUCCUAACACUAAUAUGCAAUAGUUAGAUAUUCAAUGGAAUUGCGAUAGCAGAUUGAAAAUAGAUUCUGUUUGCAAAAGCCAAAGAGGAACUGAAUUCAAUUUACAGAGAAGUGAUCUAAAGCAAUAUUGA